GUGGCGUUGGCAGCCUGUCAAUCCCUCACCGGAGCGGCCAUCAAACAACAUAAAACACGCGCGGGCACCGGGCGCGGGGCUCAUAAAUUCCGGCGGGCCGAUAUUUUUGCACAUUGCUUUGCAGAGAGUGUGUAAUUAAUUUUUUUACAGUUCUUUCCCCGUUAUUUCCGCUCUUUUCUUUGCACAAGUUCAAACUUUUGAUUGCUGCUGUCUCACCCCCGUGCACAGACUUGGGAUCGUUUGUUAUUUGGGGGGGAGGGCAAUUAAUUUUUUUUUUCCCUCUGUGAUUGUGUUUUCUUGGCUUUUUUAUGUUGCAAUUUGGGGGUGGGGGUGUUCGCUGGUUUGUUGUGGUUUUUGCUGUUUGCACCCUCCCAACUUCUGAAGGAUUUGAAAGCGAGUUUUUUUGAUUUUGUAUUUAAUUUUUUUUUAAAUUUUUGCCUUUUUGCAAAGAAGAUUUUUGGACAAGUGGGGAAGACAUAAAAAGCAACAAUAAAAAUAAAAAAGGAAAAAAAAAAAGCUUUGGAGGAAGAUUGUACCAGGAAAACCUCGCAGAAAUCUGCUCAGCUCAUUUAUCCGAGGCACCAAUAUGAUGAUGAUGAAAGAAGAUUGUAACUAAAGAAGAGAGUGAUUUACAGCCCUGGGAAGGAGAAGAGAGUGGAAUAAACAGCUGAGAUCCGGUCAAAACACAAAUACUACAUUUUUUUUGUUAUUGUUUUGUUUGGCUUUUUUUUUUUUUCCCCUUUUUUCGUGGUGUGCGUGCAGAGCGCGGUCAGGAGCGCGGCACUGGGACUGAGCGGGGCAGGCGCUGCCGUGACCGCCCGGAGCGCGGCCCGGCCCGGAGCCAUGGACGAUCAGUCCAGGAUGCUGCAGACUCUGGCCGGCGUGAACCUGGCCGGGCACUCGGUGCAGGGGGGCAUGGCCCUGCCGCCUCCCCACGGACACGAAGGGGCUGACGGCGACGGCAGGAAGCAGGACAUCGGCGACAUCCUCCAUCAGAUCAUGACCAUCACUGACCAAAGCCUGGAUGAGGCACAAGCAAAGAAACACGCCCUGAACUGCCACAGGAUGAAACCCGCCCUGUUCAGCGUCCUCUGCGAGAUCAAGGAGAAAACAGGUUUGAGCAUCCGAGGAGCCCAGGAGGAAGACCCUCCCGAUCCUCAGCUAAUGAGACUAGACAAUAUGCUUCUGGCAGAAGGAGUCUCAGGUCCAGAGAAAGGUGGGGGAUCGGCGGCAGCAGCUGCAGCCGCAGCAGCCUCUGGAGGGUCUUCAGAUAACUCUAUUGAACACUCAGAUUACAGAGCCAAAUUGACCCAGAUCAGACAAAUCUAUCACACAGAGCUGGAGAAAUAUGAACAGGCAUGUAAUGAAUUUACCACUCAUGUAAUGAACCUCCUCAGAGAACAGAGCCGGACACGUCCCAUUUCUCCCAAGGAGAUUGAAAGGAUGGUGGGCAUCAUUCAUCGAAAAUUCAGUUCCAUCCAGAUGCAGCUCAAACAAAGCACUUGUGAAGCAGUAAUGAUUUUAAGAUCAAGGUUCCUUGAUGCCAGACGGAAAAGGCGUAACUUCAGUAAACAAGCCACAGAAAUCUUGAACGAGUAUUUUUACUCCCACCUCAGUAACCCCUACCCCAGUGAAGAAGCCAAAGAAGAGCUGGCAAAGAAAUGCAGCAUCACGGUAUCGCAGGUGUCCAACUGGUUUGGCAAUAAGAGAAUCAGGUACAAGAAGAACAUCGGGAAGUUCCAGGAGGAAGCCAAUCUGUACGCGGCAAAGACGGCUGUGACUGCAGCGCACGCCGUGGCUGCGGCUGUCCAGAACAACCAGACCAACUCCCCCACCACCCCAAAUUCUGGUGGAUACCCUGCGUCAUGUUAUCAAUCAGACGGGAGGAUACAAUGAUGGCUUGGGAGGAAAUUCACUGUACAGUCCACAUAAUUUAAAUGUGAGUACCCAGGGGAACAGUGGUUUGGAGAGCCAUAAGCGCAGUGGCAGGUAAAUGCAGUCAUUAAUACCUGUAUUAAUUGCUCUUGCAAAAAUGUUGUUUAAUAUCUCAUCUUUGGGGAUGAACCACAGAACAGCCCUUGGUGCAGCUGUAAGGCUUUGCUAGUGUAAGAAGAGAGAAAUUCCAGAUCCGGGACUAUAAAUGGACAGAUUUUUUUUUUUUUUGUUUCAGCCUUAUGAGUUAAAAGGUAACAGACUCUGAGAGGCUCCUGCAGCUCAGCAGCCAGGCAGGGAGCUCUGCUGGGCUGUGCUGCCCGUGCCAGGCAGCUCCCACAGGCUGUGGUGCACCUUUGGCCGUGUUAAGGGUGCCCGUUUUUCCCGUGUGUGAGAGGCACCUUUGGCCUUGUUACUGCAAACGGCAGCGAACAGUCAGUCUGGCUAACAGAUGCCAGUAAAUUGAGGGAUUCGAGGCUUGAUGGUGAUAGGUGCUAAAUGUCCUCCCGCUGGCCGUAAGCGAUGGGAUGUGACAGUGCCCGGGCUGGGCACGCUGUGCCCGCAGGCGCCGGGAUAAAUCAGCGUGGAGAUGUGUUCUUCCUUCGGCUGGGAGCGGGGACGGAACAGCCCCCGGCAGCGGCGAGGCUCAUUCCUCAUCCCCAGCUUGUGUCUCCCACUUACAGCUGCAACAAUUAGUGCUUUAUUCUUUUAAUGUUUUGUAUUUUCUUGAGAGGUGAUUUUUCUUUG